CUCUUUUAUUUCUGUCUCAUGUACACAGACAUUCUUGCUAUUAGUAUCAUAUUCAUUGAGUCACAUAAUAGGCUUUUUGUACCUGCUUUUGGAACUUUUGUAAAUUAUUUUUCACACUAUGCUUAAUUACAUGUGUAUGUUUUCAUCAAUGUGGUUCUGCUGAUUUUAACCUGGGAAAAACUUAAAAAGAUGUUUUCAAACUGGAAAACCCUCCUCCUGUUAUUAGAGCCUGAAAUUAAUUGACGUCAGAGAGAACAGUUGGGUGUCGGUGACAUGGUCAGGCACUGGGUCACGUACUUGGCCUCAUUUCAUCAGGGGGCUACAUGUCUGUUACAAAGAGGGAUUUUACUGAGACUUAGGGAAAAAAAUGUGCUUCACGCAAAUUGAAGUGGGUAGAGAUCAAAAUGUAUUUUGUAUAAAAUAUUGAUUCUCAUAAUUUUUUGAAGAUUAGACUUUGCAUAUCUGUUGCUAUAUAGAUGCUGUCGUUUCAAUUUUCAGAAGACUGUGCAGUCUUUUUAACUGAUGAAGAACAAGCCUUUGUCUUCCUGUAAUUCUGAAGUGAACUUGAGUCACCCAACAAGAAAAAAAAUAAGUCCGGUUAAAAUAUAGGCAUUAGGAAUAGAAUGCUGAAACAAACCUCUGGAUUGGCUUCAUUGGCUUUCCUGCUUCUUUUGCAUCCCAAAGCAUAAGCUUAAAUCAUCUCAGAAGGACAAGGUCCGCCAGUUUAUGGCAUUUACGCAGGCUGGCGAAAGAACUGCCAUCUACUGCUUAACACAGAAUGAGUGGAAACUAGACGUGGCCACCGACAACUUCUUCCAAAACCCGGACUCGUUCCACAAGGAAUCCAUGAGAAACACAGUGGACAAGAAGAAGCUGGAGCAGCUGUAUAACAGGUACAAAGACCCACAAGAUGAAAAUAAAAUUGGAAUUGAUGGGAUUCAACAGUUUUGUGAUGAUUUAAGCCUAGAUCCUGCCAGUAUCAGCGUGUUGGUUAUAGCAUGGAAAUUCAGGGCAGCAACUCAAUGUGAAUUUAGCAAAAAGGAAUUUGUAGAUGGCAUGACAGAGCUUGGGUGUGACAGCACAGAAAAGCUGAAAGCUCUUCUGCCAAGAUUGGAGCAAGAGCUUAAGGACACAGUGAAGUUUAAGGAUUUCUACCAGUUUACCUUUACCUUUGCUAAGAACCCUGGGCAAAAAGGUUUAGAUUUAGAAAUGGCCGUUGCAUAUUGGAAUUUAGUAUUAUCUGGAAGGUUUAAGUUUUUAGAUCUUUGGAACACCUUUUUAUUGGAACAUCACAAAAGAUCCAUCCCAAGGGACACUUGGAACCUUCUGCUAGAUUUUGGAAAUAUGAUUGCAGAUGACAUGUCUAACUAUGAUGAAGAAGGAGCAUGGCCUGUUCUUAUAGAUGAUUUUGUAGAAUACGCACGGCCAGUAGUCACAGGUGGCAAACAUAGCCCUUUCUAGGCAGAAAAUGAAAAUGGAUUAGGAUUAUAAAAUGAACUGCCACCUGCAAGGAGGCAUUGUGGUCAAUUUCUGUGGACAUACGUCACUGAUUUCAGAAGUCAUCCUUGACCAGUCACGAACUGGAAUGACCAUCUCACUCUGCUUAAAGAAAGUGAUGGCUAAGCUUCGACACCGUUAGGGGAUCCUCAGAAGAUAGCUGCUUUAGGAUGUCUGGAGCUGGGUCACAUACCUAUUGCUUUAGGAGAUUUCUGCAUGAUUUUUAUAUUUAUGAAACAGUACCUAAAGCCUGCUUGCAGGACUGCAGAGCAUGCUGUUAACUCAUGAUUUCAGGUGAACACCAGCAGUACUAUGCUCCGCUGAAUUAUAUUGUAAUUACACUUAAAAAAAAAAAGGAUUUGUGUCCUUGGUAGGAUGUUGUAUUUUUAUACAAGUCAAAGCUGUUUAAAAUGUCCCCAAAAGAAAAUGAUCUUGUCGUGGAUUCUAACAUUUUUGGUACCAGGAAUUCAAGAUUUAUAUUUUUUGAAUUAUCGAAUAUCUAGAUUUACCAGAUCUAUUUUUCUUUUAAUUUUCUCUAGAUGUUCAUCUGAAAAUCAUUUUAUAGUUUUUAAUAGCCAUUACAGUCUCCACAGCGAUGGCACAUGUAUAUGUGAUAAUUCCCGGAAAGUGUUAUUUUAAACUGCUCACAAGUCAGGUCUAUUUUACUUCUAAUAAUGUCAUUUGAACUUCCUAAGAAGUUUCGUAAAGUAUUUUUUUUAAAGAAAUGUAUUUUAUUAUACUUAAAAAGACAUUUUUCCAUGAAGAAUAUUUCUUUUAUGAAUGAUGAAUUAUAGAUUUAAAAAUCAAGUGAGUUGGUUCCUUUCAAAUAUCUGUUAAUAUCCAUAAUGUCCACUCUCCAGCCCUUUGUAUGGUUGUACACAUUUGGAAGCUAAAAUACAUCAUUGUCCAAAAACACACACAACCAAAUCGGAAACCUUCAUCUCAUUUGCGAGCUGAAGUUUGUCUCUGCCUCAGGUUGCCCUUCGAAUUUUCUGGUGUUUGCAGCACAGGGAUAGAUGGGGUGCUUGUCCAAAGGCGGAGGCCUGCGAUGCACCUGCUCUUCUUUUGGAAAAGCUCUGUGUAGAGUUUUGAAAAAUCACUGUGUGGACCCUACCUCAUAUUCGAAAAGAUCUUCCCGUCACAAGUGUGCCUGCUGCCCUGCCCGUAACCCUGUUCAUGAGACAAAUGAAUUGGAGUUAUUUCUGGACAGAGGAAAUUCACUUCAAAUUUCUUGUAAACAGAACGUGUGCCUAAAAUAUGUCGUUUUGAUUUGAGUUCCAAAAAUGUGAUUCACUCGGUGUUUUAGGAAGCGCCAUGUACAACGUGAGGUUUGCGUGUACUUACUCUGUGGACUAUUCAUACUUUUGAAUGGAAGUCUGUCAAAGAGGGCAGCAGGCCGGGGAGGGUGGGAAAGGGGCGGGGGCCUGGAGACCACAGGCCAGACGGGGUCGUCGGCCAUAACCAGGUGCAGGGCCCAGGGAAGUUCCUUCACCUCUCCCAGCCUCCACUUUCGUGUCUACAAAAGGAAAAGCAAGGCCAUCUCUAUCCGUAAGUCUGCGAUUCUAAGAGAGCAUUUAUUUUAUAUAAUAAAAGCUAGCUUUAAUAAAAACCUCAACUAAUGUAAAGCAUCCUUCAAGCUUCAUGCAUUCUUGACAUGUAAGUGUUCUGCUCAGAAACUGUUAUUCCUAAGAUUUAAAGUUAUAUGAGGAAAAAAUGUUCUAUGGACUUCUCAGUAGAUAUCAAAACAUUAGUAAUUGGACAAAGGCUCUUCAAAAAAUUGUGGGUUUCUUUUUCUUCUGCCAUAUACAUUUAAGUCAUGCAUGCUAUGAAAGUGCUAAGAACUUUGGAAACAUUAAAAUAAAUUAUUUUCUCUGGUG